UACAAGCUAAGUGAGUGCCUAAACCCUUAUCACCAAACUUCCUCUCGCAAUGGGUAGCCUUUCAGUCCCUACAGACAUCUUUAACCCCCUGGACAUCAAUACCUUCACACAAGAAUCUCAAAUGGUGCUGAAUUUCAUUUCUGAUUAUUACAAAAAUGUGGAGAACUUUCCAGUCCAAAGCCAAGUUGAACCAGGUUAUCUAUGGAAGAACUCUCCUAACACCCCUCCCAACUCUCCUGAGUCCUUAGAAACCAUUCUUGAUGACAUCCGUAGUAGCAUCAUACCAGGCCUUACCCAUUGGCAGAGCCCCAACUUCUUUGCUUUCUUCCAAGCCAAUGCCAGCACAGCCGGAUUUCUGGGAGAGAUGCUAUGUACCGGCUUUAAUGUUGUUGGGUUCAAUUGGAUAACUUCGCCAGCAGCAACAGAGCUAGAAAGGGUUGUCAUGGAUUGGAUGGGUAAGUUGCUUAAUCUCCCCAGUCCUUUUCUGUUCUCUGGUAAUGGUGGUGGUGUAUUGCAUGGCAGCACAUGUGAGUCGAUAGUGUGCACAUUAGCAGCAGCAAGAGAUGCGUUAUUGAAAGAGGUGGGAGGAGAUAAAAUAACUAAAUUGGUAGUCUAUGGCUCCGACCAAACACAUUUCAGUCUUCAAAAGGCCUCCAAGCUGGUUGGGAUCCCACCAUCCAACUUCAGAGCAUUGGCAACAACAGCCUCUACAGGCUUUGGCCUGUGUGCCCAUGAUGUCCGCAAGGCAAUGCAAGAAGAUGUAGCAUCUGGGUUGAUCCCUUUGUUUCUCUGUGCUACUGUGGGAACCACAGGCUGUGGCGCAGUAGACCCCAUAGAGAGCCUGGGCCAUGUAGCAAGGGAAUAUGGAGUGUGGUUCCAUGUUGAUGCAGCCUAUGCAGGAAGUGCUUGUAUAUGCCCAGAAUACAGGCAUUACUUGGAUGGGGUCGAGCAUGCUGACUCCAUUAGCAUGAAUCCACAUAAGUGGUUUCUCACCAACAUGGAUUGCUGUUGCUUAUGGGUAAAGAACCCCAGAUCAUUAGUAGACUCCUUGUCUACUGACCCAGAAAUCUUAAGAAACGAGGCUACUGAAUCAAUGGGUGUGGUGGACUAUAAGGAUUGGCAGAUUGCACUUAGUAGGCGAUUCAGAGCAAUGAAGCUAUGGGUGGUGAUCCGAAGGUAUGGUGUGGCUAACUUGAUGGCCCACAUACGAAGUGACAUAAGCCUGGCUAAACGCUUUGAAGCACUUGUGAAGACAGACAGCAGGUUUGAGGUUGUGGUGCCCAGGAGGUUCGCAUUGGUGUGCUUUCGGCUCAAGCCGCCAAGAAAAGGAGAAGAUGAUGAUGAUGGUUCAAAGUUGAACCGCAAGUUGCUUGGGGCUAUCAAUUCGAGUGGACGUGCUUACAUGAGCCAUUCAGUUGUGGGUGGUACUUACACCAUACGCUGCGCAAUUGGAACAACUUUAACAUCACAACAACAUGUAGAAGCAGCCUGGAAGCUGAUUCAGGAAAAAGCUGAUCAUUUCUUGUUGGUGUGAAGUGUGAUGGCAAGGAUGGUACUAAAUAAU